GCUGAACUCAAAAAACUGAGAGAACAAUGAGAGAAAAAAAGAAAGAAAUCAGUUCAUGGGUCUCUCUCUAUUUCUUAGUUAGUAGUUUCUAAUUUUAGUAUUAUUAUUACUUUAUCAUUAGAUUUUGAUUUUUAGUUUAACAAAUUCCAUUCGUAGAAGUUUCAGAUUCUUAGAUCUCUCUCUGUUUUCUGUUUUUUGAUCUGUUUUUUUAGUUAUCUAAUAAAAUCUCUAUGUAAUCAUCAGUUUAUGAUUCAAAUAUGAUCACUCAUAACUCAUAACCCUCAGACAAAAUUCCAUUUUCCAUCACUUUCUCGGGAAAAUUUUCAGUUUUUAUUUUCUUUCUCUAUUUUUUUGCAUUCCCAGAUCUGUAACUUAAACUUUUAGAUCCGGGCUGUUUUUAAAAUCAAAAAAAUCUCUUUAUUUUUAGUGGGUUUUUUCUGUGGAGUGUUAAAGAUUGAAUCUUUAAGUAUUAUUUUAGUAAAAUUAUGAACUAUUUUCCAGAUGAGGUCUUAGAGCAUGUUUUUGAUUUUGUAACAUCACAUAGAGACAGGAAUUCAGUGUCUCAAGUAUGUAAAUCAUGGUACAGAAUCGAGAGUAAUAGUAGGCAGAAGAUUUUCAUAGGAAAUUGUUAUGCAAUCAGUCCGGAGAGAGUGGUUCGGAGAUUUCCUGAUCUGAAGUCUAUUACUUUGAAAGGAAAGCCUCAUUUUGCUGAUUUUAAUUUGGUUCCUCAUGAUUGGGGCGGUUUGGUUUCGCCUUGGAUUGAAGCUUUUGCCCGUCAUAAAGUCGGGUUGGAGGAGCUUCGGUUGAAGAGGAUGGUGGUUUCUGAUGAGAGUUUGGAGCUGCUUUCGAGAUCUUUUGUGAAUUUUAAGUCCUUAGUUCUUGUUAGUUGUGAAGGUUUUACCACUGAUGGACUUGCUGCUGUUGCUGCUAAUUGUAGGUAUCUUAGGGAGCUGGACCUGCAAGAGAAUGAAGUUGAUGAUCAUAGAGGCCAUUGGCUUAGCUGUUUUCCCGAAAGCUCCACGUCUCUUGUAUCACUUAAUUUUGCUUGCCUCAAAGGAGAUAUUAAUUUAGGAGUUCUAGAGAGGCUUGUAGCAAGAUCUCCAAAUAUCAAGAGUUUGAGAUUAAAUCGUGCAGUUCCACUCGAUACACUUCAAAAGAUAUUGAUGCGAGCACCUCAACUAGUCGACUUGGGUGUAGGAUCUUAUGUAAAUGAUCCAAAUUCUGAGUCCUACAUUAGUUUAGCGAUUGCGAUUCAAAAGUGUAAAUCAAUCAGGAGUUUGUCAGGAUUUUUGGAUGUCGCUCCUCCUUGCCUAUCAGCCUUUCAUCUGAUUUGUGCAAACCUGACCUCUUUGAACUUAAGUUAUGCUCCAGGAAUUCAAGGUAGCGAGCUUAUGAAACUAAUUCGCCAUUGUAGGAAACUUCAGCGCUUGUGGAUAUUGGACUGUAUCGGGGAUAAAGGACUAGAAGUAGUGGCUUCCACUUGUAAGGAUUUACAGGAAUUGCGAGUUUUUCCUUCCGAGCUCUAUGUUGGAAAUGCAGCAGUGACAGAAGAAGGCCUGGUUGCUAUUUCCAGCGGUUGCCCAAAGCUUCAUUCGAUCUUAUACUUCUGUCAGCAGAUGACCAAUGCAGCACUCAUAACGGUAGCCAAGAACUGCCCCAAUUUCACCCGCUUCAGGUUGUGUAUUCUUGACCCCACAAAACCGGACGCUGUGACCAUGCAGCCAUUGGAUGAAGGUUUCGGGGCCAUUGUUCAUUCUUGCAGGGGCCUAACGCGGUUAUCACUUUCUGGUCUUUUGACUGACCAAGUUUUUCUUUACAUCGGGAUGUACGCGGAGCAGCUUGAGAUGCUUUCCAUUGCAUUUGCCGGAGAUAGCGACAAGGGAAUGCAGUAUGUUCUAAAUGGUUGCAAGAAACUUCGCAAACUCGAGAUCAGGGAUAGCCCUUUUGGUAAUGCAGCGCUUCUAAUGGACGUGGGGAAGUAUGAAACAAUGCGAUCCCUUUGGAUGUCGUCCUGUGAAAUUUCUCUUGGAGGCUGCAAGACCCUUGCGAGGGGGAUGCCACGGCUCAAUGUUGAGAUUAUGAAUGAAAAUGAGCAGGCGGAUUUUAGUGGUGAUGAUACGCGUAAAGUUGACAAGAUGUACCUAUAUCGGACCCUUGUAGGUCCCCGGGAAGAUGCGCCGGAAUUUGUGUGGACUUUGUAGGGGAAUCUGGAGUCUGAUCUUAUCUUGUCUGUCAUGUAAUAUUUUCUUUCCUAUUGAUUAGUACUUUGUUUAGGGCUGAUUUGAUGGACUUAUGUUUAGGCUGUUUGUAUGCUACUGUUUAUUUUAUCAGGGACUUGCUAUUUGUAAUCUUUGUUAUUAUAAAUAGAACUACGUUGACCAUGUUUCUGAA